AUGGAUCCACUAGGAUAUGUUCGGCUAGAACCAUUAUAUUUAGAUUUUUACGUAUAUAAUGACGACAAAAAAUUUAAAGAGAAUAUGAAGAAUGAAGAAUUUACAAAUAAUGCAACUAACAGUGAUUAUAUAGUGGACGAUUUGCCAGAAAUAACAUACGAUCAACAAGGAAUGAUAAGAAAUAAUUCAAUUAGACGAACCAUGUAUAAUCCGACAAAAUCGAGUUCACAAUUAUCGUUAGCGACCAAUAUUUGUAAUGAUUAUAGUUUAGAUAGUGUAUGCUGUACAAAACGAACAUUACAUACAUUUUCACAUAUGUGGAUUGUAGAAAAUUUUAGUACAUAUCUUGAAGAUCCAGAACCAAUUAUUUGUUUAUCAAGUUCAUCAUUUUCACCUGUUAGUGGUCUUAGUGUAUCAACACAAUGGCGUUUAGUGUGUUAUCCAAAAGGAAAUUAUGGUGCUAGUAGUAAUUAUAUGUCAAUAUUUUUAGAAUAUAUUAAAGGUGAAAAAGAUAUUAAAGCAAAAGCUGAAUAUUCAUUGGUAAAUCGAAAAUGUGAAUUAACAGAAAUAAGAAAAGAUGCCCAGUUUAGUGUUUAUAAAUCAGGAAAUACUCGUGGAUUUAUUAACUAUGUGAAAUAUGAUACAUUAACAUUACUUGAAAAUGAUACGUUAGAUGAUGAUAAAUUAAAAAUUUAUGUUCGAAUAACGAUAAUGGAUGACGCUAUUACUGAAGAAACAAAAUAUCAAGAAUUUGAUGAAUGUGAAACAAUUAAUUUUACAACAAAAGGACUUGAAGGUUUAGUAAGAGAUUUUUCACAAUUAUUAAAUACGUCAAAUUUAAGUGAUGUUAAAAUAAAUGUUAUAGUUAAAUCAUUUCCCGUUAAUUUGGAUAUAGAUAAUAACAAUAAUGAUCCAUCAUACACUAAUACGACUUCAUCAGACUAUUCCGGAUUAAAUGGUCAUCAUUCUGUUAAAUCUCAUAUUGUACAAUAUAAUGCUCAUAAAUUAAUAUUAUCAGCACGUUCGGCUGUAUUUGCCGCCAUGUUUUCUGGUAAAACAUUGGAAAAUAAUACGAAUACAAUUGAAAUAAAUGAUUUAAAACCGGAAACAAUAAAAUCAAUGUUAGAAUAUAUUUAUACGGGUAAAGUAAAUGAUAUUAAAUCAUCAACUGUUGAAUUAUAUCGUUGUGCCGAUAAAUAUCAAUUAGACGAUUUGAGAUUACAAGCGGAAAUGGCCUUAAUGAGUUCAAUAUCGAUUGAUAAUGGUGCUGAAAUUCUAUUAUUAUCGGAUCAACAUCAUUCAAAAGAUUUAAAACAGAAAGUUAUUCAAUUUAUUGUUAAUAAUUUGAAGGCUGUUACAACAACCGAUGGUUGGCAUAAAUAUGUCAGUUGUGUGCCUGAACUAGUGACAGAAGUUAUACAAGCAACUACUCAAGAAUAA